GUUUCACUCUUUUCACGGCUGUCGUACAUAGAUAACCGUUUUUAGAUUAUUUCUUUCUCUUUCUUACUCUUUUUUGAUACCUUGAUAAGAAAUUAAUAAAAUAAUUUUGAUUGCGAUGUUGCUAGAACCAUCUGUAAUUUUCUCAAGGAAAAUUUACUUAAAUACUUUCCGAUUUUGAUUGUUUUUACACGUUUCAGGAAAUUGAUACAGAAUGAAGUUCCUCAACGCUAUAGUUCUCUGCCUAUCGUUAGGCUUGGCCACUUGCGAUUUCGAAUGUUUCAGAAGAGCAACUGUGGAAUGCAAUAUGAAAGGAAUUUUAGAGAGAAAACCUGAGCAACCUGUUGACGGAAGGGAGAAAAUUUGCCAAGAUAAUUUACUUAUUACAAUGUGCAUGCGAGAUGCCGCUGUUCAAUGCAAUACAGGAUUUGCUGGAGUAGCGGAAAGAGUUUACGUAGCUGUUACCAACAUCUGCACGGAAGGAACAGAAACAUAUAACGCUACAAAAUCUGAUCCAAAAUGCAGUUUAGAAACUCUGACUGAUAUCGACGCAUGUGCUGAUGAGAUGAAAAAGGAACCAAAAAGUGAACCCUUUAGUGAUAUCACUGAAAUUAUGAGGGCUAUUUGCCGGCACAUCGAUGGAUUAAAAAAUUGCAUGUAUGAAAAAUUUGAAAAAUGCACUGUUAGAACAAAAGAAGCAUUUAAAUAUGUUGUGGAGCAAUAUGCUGAAGUCCAAAAAGGAAUAUGCACCAUAUUGCCAUAAUUUUACGGAUCUUGAAAAUCCUCUACAAAAAUCCUCAUGUAUUAACUAAAUUAAACGUACUAAAAUCUACAUAAAAUGUACUGUUAAUUUCUUGAAUUUCAGAUUUUCCAUAGAAGCUCCAAUGAAGAUCAAUUAAAAGAUCACUUAAAAAAAAACGAAAUAAUAAUGCACAUUUUGCAGCAUUCUGUUUAUGAAAAUAGUUACGUUCUCAUAAACUUUAA